UAUCCGCAAGCGAAGCAACCCACAGAAAAAAGCAUAUCGCGAGAAAACCACGCUGACCGCCUUAAACUAGGGUUAGCCUUAUGUACGGCUGGAUCCGAGAUUUUGAGCAGGACUUUUUUUUCCACCGUGUUUUGAUAAAAUAAUAUUAAAUUUUUGCGAAGGUCUGCAAGCCAGGGUUUCGUCGGAUGGUGUCUGAUCGAGUAGUGCGAUUAAACUGGCGGAAAUGGACCCGUUGUGCAUGCCGAUGCCCUCGAUCUACAGGGUUUCAAUUGGCCACUCUCUGAAGGAGAGCUGUAAAUUAGUGUUGUAAAUACUCUUUUUUUUUUCGGAGUUGUUUCUUGUUUGGUUUACUGAAAGAUUAAUGUAAUAUGACUAUGGAAGUGAGGAAUGGAAAUUUAGCGAUUGACGUUAACAAAAAUGUAAAAGCGAUUGAUAUUAACAAAAGUGUAAAAGCCAGUGUGAAUUUGAAAAGGAAGCGGGCAAACCAAUGCGCAGAAUAUAUAACUGCUUUUGCUGCUUCGCUGAAGAAUUCUGAUCCAAGCCUGAGGCAGUCCAGGAAGCGCAUCAAGACAGAUGUACAGGAAUGUUGUUCGCAAGAAUUUGAACAUUGUUCUGAAAAAGCUGUUUUACAGAACUGUGGCAACUUUCACAAGAAUUGCUCUGGAAAACUAUUUUUGCAUAAUUAUGACAACUUUCGCAAGAGCUCCUUACCAAAGCGGGUCAUGCAUUUCUGGGAGGGAGAGUGGAAUGAUUUCCCUGUAAAUACACUUGCUCCUCUCAAAGAGGCAUUUCAAGCUGGAAAGGCUGUUUCUGAUGUGUCAAUUGAUAGCUCCUCAUAUCUUGUUGAUUUUCUCCACAUGGUUCUCAUAGAUUUGAAAAAUGGAAUGCAACGUUCAAUUGCUUGGAUAGAUGAAAAUGAUAAGUGUUUUUCCCCAACUUAUGUUGUUGAGGGCAACUGUCGUUUCAAGGGUAGGCAGGGUGACAAGGACAAACAUGUUUCUUUGGGAAGUGAAAAGGUUCAACAAAUUGAGGUGAAAGUUGAAAUUGGCAUAAGUGGGACAGACAGCCCAAAAUCAGAAAAUAGCAGUGAGUUGUCUGUUACACAUGUUAAAUCACAGAAGUUUCAGGCGCAAGUUCUGCACACAGACUCAAGUGAUUCUGAACAUGAUUCAAGUGACACUCAGAAUCAAUGCAGAGUGUUUCCUUCGGGCCAACUGAAAGAAGUCUUUUUAGAUAAUGGAGCAGGGGAUGUCACAGCAGCAGGGAUUUUGCCAAAAGAUUUGCAAUAUGGCUGGUGUAUGGGUACCAACAGAUCUGGAAGUCAUUUUUACGGGAUGUUCUCUGACAGACUUAUUAAACUAGAGGAAGGUGAUCAUGAAUUUUCGACUGUCCAAAACAGGUUUCUUGCAGGCGAUUGUACACAUGUAACUUAUCGCAGCAUUGUUGGCAUACAUCGUAUUUUGUCCUCAAGCGUUUCAGCAAAAGCCCGCUUGCAGGCAUUUCAAAAUCAUGUUGAGAUAACUAGAGAAUGCCGUGGAAAUGCUAAUGUUUUGCAUGCUUGGCAUGGUACCUCACGGAAAUGUGUACCUGGUCUCAUAGUGCAUGGUUUUGGACCUAGUCAGAUCAGAACACUUAAGGGUGGGGCAGCUAAUGGCAUUGGUGUUUAUUUGACACCGGAAGAUUGCUUCCAUGCCAGUGCUGCUUAUUCAGAUGUUGACGAAAAUGGUGAACAACACGUGGUGUUGUGCCAAGUAAUAAUGGGGAACAUGGAGGAGGUUAAACCUGGCUCCCAGCAGCUGCUUCCCAGCAAUGAAAAUUUUGACAGUGGUGUUGAUAACAUAAAAAAUCCAAAGUGCUAUGUUAUUUGGAGUACACGAAUGAAUACUCACAUUCACCCAGAGUAUGUCGUGAGCUUUAAGGUCUCUGCUGAAGUGCGCGAAUAUUGGGCUGGAUUGAGAGCAAAUUAUGGCAGUCAUGGUUUCAAUGAUACAUUAAUGGGGCCUCGUUUGCAAAGGGGCAUUACUUGUGAGACGGCAAGGAUUCAACAGGCUCCAGCUUCAGCCAAUGAAAUGGAUAAGAAGCUACAGGAACCUGCAGACGUACCUGUAAAGGCCACUACUGCAUGGAUUCAUUUUCCAGUUUUAUUUUCUGUUAUUCAAAAGCACUUAUCUACUUCAGAUAUUGAUUCCCUCCAGCGUUACUAUGCCGAUUUCAAGAAGAGGAAGAUAUCUCGAGGAGACCUUAUAAAAAGGAUGAGAAUGAUUGCUGGAGACAAGCUGGUUAUAAAUGCUAUUAAAUACAUUCAAAGCCAGAAAAUUGGGAUGCAAGGUCACGAUGAAGUGGAGGAAGGUCUUUGUUCUGGUAUUCAGUACGAGAAAGUGCACUCAAAAAGUGGGUUUGCUUUAUUGGGGAAUAAGAGUCAGGGUCCGAUUGAGCUCAAGACCACAAGUGAUGCUCAGCAGUUCUCAUGUAAAGACGAGUUUGCUUCUCACGAUGUUCAGGCAGGCAAAUAGGCAUCGUUUUCAAGUUUGCACCAGGAUUUUUUUUGGUUCCUGUGGAUUUGAAACUCCAUUGGGUAGCGGGCUUUUUAGUUGAGGUCGAUCCAGAUUCAUAGUAGAUUAAUUUGGUUUAUAUGUGGGCAUGCAUUGUAUUCGGAUUCUAAUGUAUGAUUGUUACAUUUUGGUUGCCUUGUUGCAAAUCAAGUAGGUUUGCAGCUUAUAGCCUUGGUGCAAACUCCACAUGAGACAUCUGAAGCAAAUUUGUCGACUUGAAACAAACCUGUGCAUUUCCUUUGGUGGGUUAAGAUUACAGUUCUCCAUCUUUUUAUA